UUUUUCACUCAUCCACUUGUAAGAUCUUCAAUGCCAAGGACUGAAUGUGUCUUUAGUGUGGUUGAUCGCUUGCUGCAAGCCUUUGGUCCAAGAAUCCUCUGAGAUUGCUCUUUGUGCAUCAGAGGUCCUAGAGGAUGACCGAGUACAAGCUGGUGGUGGUGGGUGCAGGAGGCGUUGGUAAAAGUGCCUUGACCAUACAACUUAUACAGAACCAUUUUGUGGAUGAAUAUGAUCCAACUAUAGAGGAUUCCUACAGAAAACAGGUUGUUAUAGAUGGAGAGACAUGCCUUCUGGACAUCCUGGACACAGCUGGUCAGGAGGAGUACAGUGCGAUGCGGGAUCAAUACAUGAGGACAGGAGAGGGCUUUUUAUGUGUAUUUGCCAUCAACAAUACCAAAUCUUUUGAGGAUAUUCAUCAGUACAGGGAGCAAAUAAAACGGGUAAAGGAUUCCGAUGAUGUUCCCAUGGUGCUGGUGGGAAACAAGUGUGACCUUCCAGCCCGAACUGUAGAAACACGGCAAGCUCAUGACUUGGCCAGGAGUUAUGGCAUUCCCUACAUUGAAACCUCUGCCAAAACUAGACAGGGAGUGGAAGAUGCCUUUUACACAUUAGUGAGGGAGAUACGACAGCAUAAGUUGCGGAAGCUGAAUCCUCCUGAUGAAAGUGAGAAAGGAUGUCUGAACUGCAAGUGUGUUGUAUCCUGACCAUGGAUGACAGGUCAAAGUUUGACCUGACAGUGUUCCCUUGUUCCUCCAGCCAAGUGCUAAAAAAACCCAGGUGGAUAAGCAUUAGAAGAGACUAGAACACACUACACCUUUUUGUGGAGAAACGGCUCUACAGAUAUGAAAAUGAUUAACCUGGGAAUCGUAUUAUAAUAUCCAGUAUUAUAUUAUCUUCUGGAUAUCUGAGUGUACACCACGGGUAGUAUUAUGCCAGUGAAAGGGUAAUGGCAUGACAGUUGUUGGCAACCCGGUGGUUCUAGUGCCAUUUGAACCUAAUGGAUGAGCUAAAUGUUU